AUGAAGAGAGGGGGCGUCUGGAGCCGGAGCCUGUGGCUGAUCAUUGGUGUCCUGUGGGAGGCAGGUCCUUUCCGCAUCUCCUCUUCCGUGCCACCCCCCACCCUGAAUGGUUUCUUGGAGAGUUGCCCCAGCCUUGGCUGGGUCCUGGGCCGAAAGCCCAUGCCCAGUUGUCCGCCAGAGGGCGCUCCGGGAGGGGAAGCCGCUACUGCCCACCAUCUGUGCCCCCCGACUGGCCGGGACAGGACUGACCACACGUCCUUCUCCGCAGAGUCUCACUUUCCAAUAGAUCUCUUUGUGGCAGCGGAGUCUUGUUGGCGCCUGAACCCCAUAGGGUCUGGGACAGAAGAAGCGCAAGGGAGCCUCGUCAGCACCUAUUCUAUGACUCCUCCGACCCUGAACAUCACAGAGGAAGAAUACAUCAUUGAAGCCCAGGAUUCCCUGGCCAUCACCUGCAGAGGCCAGCACCCCCUGGAGUGGGCAUGGCCCCGGCGCUGGGAGGAGCCUAGCCAAGGGGACAAGGAGAGCAAAGCCGGGGGCCCGGCAGAGGUCGGAGCUGAACGAGACUGUGAGGGCACAGACAGCCGGCCCUACUGCAAGGUGUUAGUACUGACCAAGACCCAGGCCAAUGACACCGGCUCCUACACCUGCUACUACAAGUACAUCAAGGCCCGGAUUGAAGGCACCACUGCAGUGAGCACCUACGUGUUUGUGAGAGACUUCGAGCAGCCCUUCAUCAACAGGCCGGACACUCUCCUGGUCAACAAGGAUCAUACAUGGGUACCCUGCCUGGUGUCCAUCCCGGACCUCAACGUCACUCUGCAUUCGCAAAUCAGGGUGAUCCGACCAGAUGGACAAGAGAUCGUGUGGGAUGACAGGAAGGGAAUGCUGGUGCCCACGUCACUCCUCGGGGACACCUUGUUCCUCCAGUGUGAGACCAUCAUCCGGGGCCGAACCUUCCGUUCCAACUUCUUCAUCAUCCAUAUCACUGGGAAUGAGCUCUAUGACAUUCAGCUAUAUCCCAAGAAGGCCCUGGAGCUGCUGGUAGGGGAGAAGCUGGUCCUGAACUGUACUGUGUGGGCUGAGUUCAACUCAGGAGUCACCUUCCAGUGGGAUUAUCCUGGGAAGCAGACAGAACGAGCUGGGGCAGUGACGCCUGAACGCCGUUCCCAACAGACGCACACAGAACUAUCCAGCAUCCUGGUCAUCCAGAACGUGAGCCAGCAGGACCUGGGGCAGUACGUGUGCGAAGCCAGCAAUGGUGUCCAGAGCUUCAGGGAGAGCACUGAGGUCAUUGUGCAUGGACCCCUCUCCCCCUCCCUGUUGUGCCUGAUCGCCCUCGUGGUUAUCAUGGGCAAACCUCUGAGGCAGCCAGCAGGAGGGCGGCACCAGCGGGACCGAAUGCCCCAGUGUGUGGACUGGAGGGAAGUCUCAGCCCAGGAUGCUGUGAACCCCAUUGAGAGCUUGGAUACAUGGACUGAAUCUGUGGAAGGCAAAAACAAGACUGUGAGCAAGCUGGUGAUUCAGGAGGCCAACGUCUCAGUCAUGUACAAGUGUGUCACCUUCAACAAAGUGGGACAGGAUGAAAGGCUCAUCUACUUCUACGUGACUACUAUCCCGGAUGGCUUCACCAUUGAGUCCGAGCCGUCCGAGGAGCCCGUGGAAGGCCAGGACCUGACCCUCAGCUGUAAGGCAGACAACUACACUUACGAGAAUCUUCAGUGGUACCGCCUGAACCUGUCCACACUGCAUGAUGCUCAGGGGAACCCGCUUCUGCUUGACUGCAAAAACGUGCACCUGUACGCCACCCGGCUGGAGGGCCAACUGAGCUCCACGCCAGGCUCCCGCCAUGCCACCCUGCGCCUGGCCCUGCCCCGCAUCGCCCCUGAUGAGGAGGGCGAUUAUGUGUGUGAAGUGCAAGACCGGCGCAGCCACGAGAAGCACUGCCACAAGAAAUACAUCUCCGUGCAGGCUCUGGAGGUACCCCAGCUCACACAGAACCUGACUGACCUCUCAGUGAACAUCAGUGAUUCCAUCGAGAUGCGAUGUCGGGUGGCCGGGGCCCACGUGCCAGAUAUCGUCUGGUACAAAGAUGAGAGGCCGCUGGAGGAGGAGUCAGGGAUUGACUUGGCUGACUCCAACCAAAGACUGAGUAUCCAGAGGGUGCGGGAAGAAGAUGCAGGCCGAUACCUGUGCAGUGUCUGCAAUGCCAAGGGCUGUGUCAAUUCCUCUGCCAGCGUGUCUGUGGAAGGGUCCGAGGACAAAGGCAGCAUGGAGGUAGUCAUCCUCAUUGGCACUGGGGUUAUCGCCGUGUUCUUCUGGAUCCUUCUCAUCCUCAUCUUCUGCAACAUGAAGCGGCCUGCCCAUGCGGACAUCAAGACGGGAUAUUUGUCCAUCAUCAUGGACCCAGGCGAGGUGGCCCUGGAAGACCAGUGUGAAUACUUGCCCUAUGAUUCCAGCAAAUGGGAAUUUCCCCGAGAAAGGCUCCAUUUAGGGAGAGUCCUAGGACACGGAGCCUUUGGGAAGGUGGUUGAAGCCUCUGCCUUUGGCAUCAACAAGGGCAACAGCUGUGAUACGGUGGCAGUCAAAAUGCUGAAAGAGGGAGCCACUGCCAGUGAACACAAAGCCCUGAUGUCAGAACUGAAGAUCCUCAUACACAUUGGAAACCACCUCAAUGUGGUCAACCUCCUGGGAGCCUGCACCAAGCCCAAUGGGCCUCUGAUGGUGAUUGUGGAAUUCUGCAAAUAUGGGAAUCUUUCCAACUACCUGCGAACCAAGAGGGAAGACUUCAGCCCAUACAGAGAAAAGUCUCCCAGGCUUCGAAAUCAAGUCCGUUCCAUGGUGGAGGCUGUGAAGGCAGACAGAAGGAGUCGGACUGGCACUAAUGACAAUGCAAUUUUCACCCGUUUUCUGCUGGGGAAAGGCCUUGCUUCCCGGGCCCAGCCUAUCCAAGAUGGCUUCAAAUCGGAUAUUCUUUAUGCUAUUCUGUGUGGUGAGCUGCUCACCCUCUUUGCCUGCCAUGCUAUUGACUAA